AUGAUAUCUGAAUCCCUAGGACUUUUUUUGAAUCCGGAUGAAAAGUUUACAGAUAAAAUAGAAGAUAUUUCUAUAGAUAUUCAAAAUAAAAAAAGAAAGUUUGAUUUAAUGAAUCCUACAUAUGAGAAUACAGUAGAGCAAGACAUUGAUAAAGGAGAUGUAUUUAAGUCUAAUACAAAAUAUUUAAAAUAUUCAAAAGAUCAAAAGAAAGCAGCUUCUCAGGAGGAGGAAAAGCAGAGUUUAAUUACAAAAGAAAAUCAAACAAGUUUUGCUAUAGGGCCUAAUUGGAGACCUGCAGGAUGGUUUAAAAUGAAUAAGUAUAAGAGCUUAAAAUUACAAGAUGAGAAGUUUUAUGUUGGAGACUAUGUAUUUAUAAAUAAUUCUGAGGAAAAAUUAUCCGAUAAUUUUGAUUUCAGUCGGUUUUGGAUUGCUAAAUUACUUGAAAUUCGUGCAGAAAAUGGUCAAAAUGUAUGGGUUAUGUGUCAAUGGUAUUAUAAACCUGAAGAACUUCCUGAAGGACGAAAGUAUUAUCAUGGAGAAAUGGAAUUGAUAGAAUCUGAUUAUCAUGAAAUUAUAGCAGCAAAUACGAUUUCAAGCAAAGUUAUUGUCAAGUAUUGGGAUGAAGAAAAAGAAUUUGAGUUUAAUGACGAAAAUGAAAAAAGUGAAAAUACGGAAAAUAAAUUAUCAUUAGAUACACUUGAUGAUAUACCUGAAUUUUAUUGGAGACAACGAUUUGGGGGAGAUUCAACAAAUCCUAAGCUUACACGUUUAACUGCUCUUUGCAAGUGUAAAAAAUACCAUAAUCCUGAUAAAAUAUUAUAUGCUUGUUAUAAUUGCAAAAAUUGGCUACAUGAUGAAUGUCUUCGUAAAAAUUUAAUUAAAAGUGGAGCACCCAAUGAUAUUGAACUUAUUAAUAAAGAAAACCAGCCUUUGUUAGCAAAGAGCAGAAGUACUUUAAAAGAAUAUGAGAUGAAAUGUCUUCUUUGUGAAUCUGUUUUAAUUUGA